AUGGCUCGCCACGCUCUAAAUGCGCGCAAAGUCAUUUUCCUGGGACUUGGGCUGCUCUUUGUAAUUUACUUUGUGGUACUGAAUGUUUUCUUUGACUCACCACUGGAUGAAUCACGUUUAAUGCCGUUAAAAAGUAUGCGCGAGGCUCAAAAAGAGCCACCCGAGCCCACACUUAACGUGGCACAGAAUGAGUCGAACACGGAGAAGGAAACUGAAAUUCCUGCCCCCAUAAGGCUCUGGAAUCCUAAUCUGUAUCGAAAGUAUGUGUGGCUUGAUGUAGCUAUUGAUGACGUGUAUGUGGGUCGAGUCACAGCUGAAUUAUACGCUGAUAUUGUGCCGAAAACUGUGGAAAACUUUCGAGUGCUAACCACAGGCGAAAAAGGAACGGAUUAUGCAUUUAAAGGCAGUUCAUGUCAUCGCAUUAUCAAGGGUUUUAUUGUGCAAUGUGGGGAUUUUACAACGGGCACUGGAACAGGAGGUCGCAGUAUUUAUGGUGGCAAGUUUGACGAUGAGCCCAAUGGGUUGAGACUUAAGCACUCGAAGAGAUACAUUUUACAGAUGGCCAAUGCUGGUCCAAAUACCAAUGGCAGUCAAUUUUGCUUCAUGCUGACUGCUGCACCACAUUUAAAUGGCAAGCACGUUGUUUUUGGAGAAGUCGUUGAGGGGUUUGAGGUCGUGGACAAAAUGGAGCAAGCCGGUGUGGAGAAAGAUGGUAUGCCAUUGCAGCAUAAAGUCAGCUUUGUAGAUGGGGGUGAGAUCCUUUUUUAG